AUGGCUUAUCUACUUCGUUCUGCUUUGACUCAAUCAGUCAGCAAAACAACGCGAACAAUGUGGAUGACAGUUCAACGAAAUAUGUCAUCACACAAAAAAGAAACCGACGAAGAGUUCGAUCAACGAUGGAAAACUUAUUUUGACCGUCCGAAUAUUGAUGGAUGGGACAUCCGCCAAGGAAUUAAUCAUAUGAACCGUUUAGAUUUAAUUCCCGAACCAGAAAUCAUUUCCGCUUGUCUCCAAGCAUGUCGUCGUGUGAACGAUCAUUCAUUAGCCGUUCGAUAUUUAGAAGCAAUUCGUUACAAAUCGAACGCUGUUUCUAAGCAAGUUUGGCCAUGGAUUCUUCAAGAAAUUCGUCCAACAUUAGAUAAAUUAGGUGUUUCAGCACCAGAAGAUCUAGGUUAUGAUAAACCUGAACUAGCCCUCAAAUCCGUUGAUGAUAUGUAG